AUGAGAGUCGGUGAAAUGGAGCAACGCAAGCGACUUUGGUGGUGGGUCUAUGUGUUUGACAGUAUGGCAUCCCUGCUGCAUGGACUUCCGAGCCUGAUAAACGAUGUCGACGUCGAUAACGAUAUGCCGAUGGACUGUCACCUCCACGAUCUGGACAUGGAGGAGCUCUCGUAUCCUCUCCCUGGGGAAAGGACUGCCGUUUUCGUGUUCAUUCAAUACGUUCUUCUCGGGGAGAUACUUUCAAGCACUCGCGGAAUGAAUGCUCUACACCACUACGCAACGACGAAAUGGCGCAAGCGAAGAUACGUGAACUUGAUCUUGACCUCCGCAUGUGGAAUCAGAAUCUCAAAUCGAACGGCAUUCAUUUUAAAAUUGGCGCCGUCCCGCCACAUUCUCUUCCUGCAGAACAUGCACAAGAUCCCGGGAGAACCUUGUUAUGGCUCCAAGUGCUAG